AUGGCGCUGCUGAGGGCCCCGCUGCUGGUGCUGCUGUGCUGCUGCUGCUGCUGCGCAGCAGCGCAGCAAGACGAAGAAGACCCCCUGGGGGAUCUUCCGGGGGAGCUGCAGGAGCAGGGCCUGGAGGUAAGUUCCCCGGCGCUGCUGGAGGCCCUAGCAGCAGCAGAGCAGCUGGAAGCGGAAAAGGAGGAAGCAGCAGCAGCAGCAGGAGCCGCCGUUUGGGAGGACCCCUCGGAGGGGGGGCCCCUUGAGGGCCUCCGUGGGGCCCCGGGGUUUCCAGUGGAGGAGGGUUCGUGGAAGGCGGGCGAAAGAGGGUCUGGGGAGGAGGGCCCCCCCCCCCCCCCCCCGAGGGCCCCCGCCGCGCGGGGCCCCCCCGCCGGGCCCGCCCCCGGGGGCCCCGGCGGGGGCCCCCCCGGGGGCCCCCCCGCGGCCGGGGGGCCCCCGAAGGGCCCCUCGCUGAAGAGCGUGUUCAAGAAGCUGGGAGGCGCGGAGUGGUUCGCUGCGCUGGUGCGGAAGGCGCAGCAAAAGGCGCGGGGAGAGUGCAGGGUUUUGAAGGAAAGGGGGAUAACCCCGGAGGCAAAACACUCGCCAAUUAAGGGUUUCGGGUACCCGCGCUUCGACCUCAAGUCCCGGAAAAUGAGGGUUUCGCCGGGGGUUUCGCUGUCGCUGGUGAACGGCUUCAGGGCCCCCAUCCGCGUGGGCGCAGCAGACUUCCUGGUGCAGGGCAAUGCUGCUGCUGUGCUGCUGUUCCUGGACUGUUUUGCUGCUUACGAAGUGGUGGGGUCGCGGCUGACGGCGGAGGGCCGGUGGAGCAGCGAUCCCGAUCCCGAUCCCGAUCCCGGCGCCGCGGGCGGCCCGGUGUACGUACAGCUGCAGAACACCGGCCCCGGCCCCUUCGCCUCCGUCAAGCAGCUGCUGCUGCACACGGCGGUCGAGCGCCUGGUCAAGACCAUUGGUCCAGUGGACCUCUUCGUGGACUCCGUGCUCGAGGCCCUGCGGGCCUCCCCGGGCCUCCUCGCGGGGGCCUCCAGGGCCCGCAAGCUCCUCGCCAAGCGCCUCGUCCGCAUGCGCCAGGUGUUCUCUCUGGGGGCCCUGCUGGACCUGCCUCGGGCUGAGGCGGAGCAGCUGCUGCGGGACUUGUUUCGCCAGCCCACGCCCGCGGCCCGCGCCCGCAGGCUCGCCCUGCUGCUGCAGCAGCAGCAGCAGCAGCAGCAGCAGCAGCAGCAGCGGCGCCGCCCCCGCGGCGGCGGCUGGGCCUGGGAAAACGCCGCGGCCGUCAACGCCGCGCAGCCCCUCACCCUCUCCUUCACCAUGUACCCCAAGCCCAGCCACGGCGUCCGCGCCACUGUGGCUCUCAGCAGCAACCGCGUUUUUGUGGCCGAAGCUUUUGCUGCUUUUGCGGAGUUUCUGCUGCUCUCCGGCAGCAAAGACUCCCUCGAGGCCCUCGGCGCUGUCUGGCACCGCUAG